GGAAUGCCCUUCCCUGGCGCCCUGGAUGCCCACGGGUAAUAAAUCUACAAUCAGACAUUGGACAAGCGUGGAGUACAAGCUCGGGAGUGGAUGACGAUAGACGGUUCAUCAGCAAGCCCUGAGCUGGCUGAUCUCAGAGCAGAGACGACACCUUGUACAGGGGGAACUUGAAGGCAUUUCGAUUUCUGAGAUGUCAUUCAAACAAGCAGGCGGGAUGUCCAUGGCCCAGGCUUUGGCCAUGACUGUUGCAGAGAUACCAGUGUUUCUGUAUUCCACAUUUGGGCAGUCCAUAUUUUCUCAGCUGAAGCUCACCCCAAGUUUGAAGAAGGUGCUGUUUGCCACAGCACUGGGCAGUGUCGCCCUGGCUCUCACCGCUCAUCAGCUGAAAAGGCGGGGGAGAAAAAGGAAGCAGGUGACACAAGGGAAGGAGGGCCAGAAGACAGUGGGAAUACCUGAGGCGCUGAUGAAGACGGGAAGACCCUCGUCAUUUAAGAGAGGCCCGUUUACUGGACGACAGAUGAUGAGUCCCAGCACUCGGAGCAAUGACACUAUGAGUGGAAUUUCUUCCCUGGGUCCCAGUAAACACUCAAGUUCCUCACACAGCCUGGCAUCUACACGGGUCCCAAACUCUCCAAAUCAGUCAGCCAACCCAUCCACCCCCUGGGAGGCAGAGCCCGUGGUGGAAGAGUCGGGGGCAUUAGAGGACGCCAAUGCAGAGAAUCUCUAUAUGAUGGGGAUGGAGCUCUUUGAGGAAGCUCUACGAAAGUGGGAACAGGCCCUGAAUAUUCGCCAUCCCCCCCACUCGACCUCCAGCAACAACAGCCUCGCUCUGCAGGGGGCAGCGUGUGGGGACUCUCCAACGGUCGAAAGCCGCAAUAAAGGGUUUGCUGAGAAGUUGGAGACACUACUGCACAGGGCGUACCACCUACAAGAGGACUUUGGCAGCAGCAUCCCAACAGACAGCGUGCUGGCAGAUUUCGUCAGAGUUUGUGGUGUUCCUUUGGCAGAGAGUGAAGGAACUCUUAUCUUGCCUCAAGUGGAGAGUUUCCACAGACUGAGAGACGAUGACUCGAAUACUGUCACCUCUGACGAGUCCUUCUUCUCGGCUGCAGAGCUGUUUGACGCCAUGUCUUUAGAAGACCUCUACCAGCCACUUAAACCAGCAGCUCUCUAUGAAGAAGCCUUGUCUAUGGUCCGGGAGGGCAAAGUGUCCUAUAGGUCUCUAAGGACUGAAUUACUUGAAUGUUUUGGUGACCAAGACUUCCUGGCCAAGCUUCAAUGUGUGAGACAAGCAUUCCAGAUCCUGUUGUUGGAUGAAACUCAUCGCACAUUUUUCAUGGAGACGGGGAAGCAAAUGAUUACAGGGUUAAUGGUGAAGGCAAAUAAGAGUCCCAAAGCCUUCCUGGAGAGCUACGAGGACAUGCUGCUUUACACCAAGAGAGAAGAAACGUGGCCCGUCACACAGAUGGAGCUGGAGGGCCGGGGGGUGGUGUGUAUGAACUUUUUCGACAUCGUUUUGGACUUCAUCCUGAUGGACUCCUUUGAAGACCUGGAGAACCCUCCCUCCUCUGUGGUAGCUGUGUUGAGGAACCGCUGGCUCUCUGACAGCUUUAAAGAGACGGCUCUGGCAACUGCUUGCUGGUCUGUCCUAAAAGCGAAAAGGCGACUUCUUAUGGUCCCUGAUGGUUUUAUCUCCCACUUCUAUGCCAUAUCAGAACAUGUGAGCCCAGUUUUAGCUUUUGGGUUUUUGGGACCGAGGCAGCACCUAAGUGAAGUGUGCACCAUUUUCAAGCAACAAAUCCUGCAGUACCUGAAGGAUAUGUUUGAUCACGACAAGGUCCGCUUCACCUCGGCUCAGUGCCUCGCUGAGGACAUCCUGAACCUUUCCCACCGCCGGAGUGAGAUUUUACUGGGUUAUCUGGGAAUCAGUAGCCUUCUAGAGCUCAAUGGGGCCCCACCGAGAGACACAGAGGGCCCUUCAGGGCCCGAAUAGGACUACUAUGGCCACUGAGGGCUUCUGACUUGUGAGGACUUGCCUCUGCCUUGUUUGGUGACAAGGAAACUUCCUGAACACACGUGAUUACAGCGCUCCCAACACAGGAAGACCAGGCCUUCUACACUAUUACUCCACAUGGAUCAAGUCUCUCAGAGAACCAAUCUGUUGCAUUGCAACCUUCCAUUCAUCUGACUUGUGGAAUAUCAUAGUCUCCAUUAUUCAGUGAAAAGAAAUGGUGUGAGAAAUGUGCGUUUGUAUGUUUUAUAUUAAAGAGGGGGAAGGAUAUUUGUGAAAACCAUAAUAAUUCCUUGCAGGCUUGACAAGCUGUAGACUCGAAGGAUUUAAUGAAUUUGUCUCCUCCUUAAUCUGAAGAAGUAUUGAUUUAAUCCAGUUUGGUUUAAUUGGGCAACCUUAGAUGUCAAAUAUCCAAGAGACUGUGUUAAAUGCAAAAAGACAUCAUGUAAAAUUAGAAAAUUGUGUUAACAUGUUACUCGUAUUGAAGUUUAACUGCCCAAAGUGUUAUUUCAACCCACCGCUGUCUUCUCUUGGUAAGAUGCAAGAUUGACGUUCUCUUUCGUCUCAGUGAUCCCUCAGAUUUUCUCUGGCAAUAGAUGACAUAGAUAUUAUUAAUUUUAAGUGCCACAGAGGGUACGAAAGAAACUUCCCACUACCAAUAACGCAGUGUUACUUAAAACAGUAACACCUGUGCUUUUCCUUCUGUGACCUGUCAAAAUAUAUGCUGUGAUUUCACAAAGUGCACACUGUCAUCUAAUUUAGAGACUCAAAAAAAAAAAGAAUCCCUUAUAACUGUCUAGAUACCCACAUGGAUAUUUCCCAUCUCUAUAUGCACAUUUUAAAAUUGACCCAACGCUUAAAUCAAACCGUGCCAAUUACUAGUCUUAGUGAGGAUAUUACUGUUUUGUGUCAUGAAGACCUGUGAUGAAGAACUGGGCAUUGUACAGUCAGACUGUAACCCACAUAAGUGCACUGAUAACCUGACUUCUCUUUGUUUUCUGUUGUUGGAGAACUUAUUGGAGCAUAAAUAUGACUAAGAUGCCAAGUUAAACUAAGUUUACUUUACUGCUGAUCCCAACAUUGAUAGAACUGUAAAAGCAGAUGUGUGUUAUGCAGACUGUAGUUUGUUUGUUUGUUGAAAAAACUGUCAAAUACUAAAUUAUCUUAAUGAAAUAUCACAAAAAGAUUAUUUAUUUUAACAGCAGUAGAAGCACAGUAUGUAUGAUUAUGGUUGCCUGUGUGAUUGAGGAAAAGAGAAGACAUUUCUGUCAAAUCAUUUUUGGGGGUCACUCAAUAGUUUUAUCAUACAAAUUAGCAGCUCCUUGUUUUUCAUAAUUAGUGUGUGUUUUGUGGUCUUGAUAAUCAAAAUCCUGCUCUUUUUGCAGCACGUCUCUGAAAUUCAGGAAUGUUACAGAAAUGUUACAUGUCUCAAUACAAUACCGUUGUGUUCAGAGUCAGCAUUGUGGGAUUAUUUCUGUUUCUGUCCAGCAUUUACAUCCGACUGUAAAUAGAGCUUUAACGGUACAAAAAGGAUUUAGAGUCUUUUGUUUUGCAAAUGUGCAGCUUUGGGUUUUUAAGCAUUUUGCACUUUAUCAGAAAAGCAGAAAGAUACAGGAAUGUCCAGCAACCCUUUUUCUAUAACCAGUUUGAGAGAAAUAUAAUGAAUGAAUUAUUGCAUCAUAGAACUGACAUAGUAUUGAUAACGUAGAGCAUACAUGCUGUACAGUAUGGAAAAUAUCUUUCCCAGAAAAAUUAUUUUAUGGAAAUAAUUUAUUCUAGUUAUUUUCCAAAGUUUUUUGUUUUAGUCUCCAUGUUUGAAAUGUUCAAAUUCUCCAAUUUUAACUUUUGAUUGCUUGUCCUGUCCAAUCCAUUCUCCCAAGUUUUAGUCAUGCUAAUGUAGACCAUCAAAUAUAUUUGCAAGAGUAUGAAAGAGGUAAAUGCAAUUAAGGAAAAAUGCUAAUGUUAAGUCUUGUGUUUGUGUAAUGGUCUGCUUUUUCUCUGUCCUGAGAGUAGAUGAUCAGAGAUUAACCCCUCUGCAUGUUAACAGUCUAGAUUCACUGAAAUGCAUCAAUCAGUGUGUCUUUGCAACUUUUAGAUCUAGGCUGUAAUCAUUGUUAGUUUUGAAAUCCAAUUCAGAAAUAAGCUAAAGAAGCAAACUCAUAACAACUUGAAUGUCAAAAAUCAGGAAUGGACUCUGAGCGUAUAAUACUGAGCGUAUAUUCUAUAGAUUAUAGAGUUUUAUGAGGAUUUUGGAUGCCAAAAUGUAGAGAGAACAAUUUUUUUUCACUGCUGUACAUUACAAGUGUCCUAUCCAUGCCUUUUGUCUUUUCUAUUGUUAAAUUACAAUGCCAGCACAAACUGUAAAUCAAUUUUAAUUCUCCAUAUUAAAUGUUAUUUUUUGUUAUUAAACUAUGUUUAUUAUGCCUU